AUGCCUCCCAAAGUGACCCAGGAUCGCUACCCCAAGCGCAAACGAGCCGAAGUCAACUACGAGAUCGACCUGAGCAUCGACGGAGACCUCGACCUUGAGGACGCUGGAUACUUUUCUGAGGAGCUCGGCGAGGAUUCCACCGCUUCUGCCAGUUCUACCACUCCGCAGCAGCCUAACGCUGUCACCACUGUCGAGGACGACAGCGAGUUUGAGGAUGCGACGUUUGGCUCUCGCAGAACCAAGAAGCGCAAAGUCGUUGCGAGGCCCAAGGGCAAGUCUCAACCCAAGGCCAAGCCUCCUCCCAAGUUCAAGCCGUUCCGACUGAUGGACUUGCCCCCCGAGCUUCGCCUGAAAGUCUACGAGGAAGCUCUUGUUGACCCUCAUGGAGUCAACAUACGGACCUAUUCGGACGACUGGGAGAGCUUUCCCGUCCACGUCUGCCUCAACGAUGUCAGGGAUCGUUAUGUCUCGACCCUCAAGCGCAGUUGUUACGUGCGAGGUCAAUGGACCCAGAUCGAUGUUGACGCUGUGCCAAAGAAGAAAUACCAGCUCUCGCCCAACCUUCUCGCAUCAUGCAAGACUGUCCACGACGAGGCAGUGUCACUCCUUUGGACGCAGCCCUUCAUAUUCGCCGACGUCAUCGGCCUCCACUAUUUCCUCCUCAUGCUACGUCCCGAGACCAUCUCCCGACUGAGGAACAUUACCCUUAUGAGGUUUGCUUGGAUCAGCAAUCGGUGUCUCCAGGCUUUUGUUCUUCUGCGAGACGCUCCACUUCUUCAGAACCUUCGCCUCGACUGUACCGUCCGCCCAAAGAGAAGCGUCCGAUCUGGCGUACCCAGAGAAGUCGCAGUCGGCCAGCAGCUUGCCUCGAAACUCUACAGGGACUGCCACCCGUUUCUCAAGGCACUGGUCAAGCAACAAGGCCCUGAGUCUAUUCUGAGAGUGCUCAAGUUCCACCGAGAUGAAUUCAAGAACGGCUACUACAGCCAUACCACCAACGGUUGGGUCGAGGAUGACUGGUCUCAGGCUCGCCAGGACCAGAUACUGGAAGCCAUGCUUGCUAAGCUCAACACCAUCAUGAGUCGCAAGGUCGUCCCCAGAUUUCCGCGAUCUCGUUAUGGGUCUUGA